AUGUAUUACUGCCUGACGCUCUUGAUAAUGAACCUUGAACCCGGUAAUCAAGCUUUGGCAACAGCAGCCAGUAUGCGUGACGUGAGCAUGUAUGCAGGCGGACUUCAUAUGCUCCUUAUUGCUGGCGAGAGACUUUUGGCUACAGUGCGGUCGAGAACUUAUGAGAACGAGCAGUAUCUUCCACAGAUUGGUGUGGCUAUCGCUUGUAUGUGGAUUUUCUCCUAUAUCAUAGUGUGCAACUUGAAAAAAUACGUGGUGACGAAUUUCAUAUCGGCUUUCAUAUUUCUAGUUAUCUAUGCAAUUUCAAUUGGG